AUGCCUCAGCGCUGUUCUGUGCCGUUUUGUUGUAAUUAUGGUGGACACCAGUUUCCAAAAAAUAAACAACGUCGGUUGCAGUGGAGAAUUGCCAUAAAACGGCUUGACCCGCGAACUAAAAAACUCUGGGAGCCUAAUGACAGAGACGUUGUCUGCGACCUGCAUUUUGUUGCAAGCGAUUACAAGGACACGUCAGCUGAUCACCUCCAUCUAAAAGAUGAUGCAGUGCCAUCUAUUCUUAUUCCUGAUCAUGACCCUCCUACUCCAAGCCCAAGGCAACAAAGAAUGUCUCGGAGGAAGCAAGAACUUGAGGAGCCAGACCUUCAAGCUAUCAGUGUACAGCAGGAAGUUGUCAUAGAGCAGAGAGAAAACGAGGAAGCACCAUCACCACAAGCAACGCCAGAGGAAGCUUCUUUAGUUAAGAAUCCUUUUUCAAAAAAAUGCUCCACUGAGAAUUUUAAGGACAAUCCAGAUGCAAUUUCAUACUAUACAGGUUUCAGUGAUUAUGGCCAGUUCAUGACAUUGUUUUAUUGUCUUGGUCCAUGUGUAGAUGAGCUCGAUUACAAAUGUUCUGUACUUGAACCUAAGGACCAGCUUUUUCUUACUUUAAUGAAGUUAAGGCAGGCCAAAGAAGACUUUGAAUUGUCUCUGUUUUUUCAAGUUUCCACUUCCACUGUUUCAAGAAUUGUCAUUACUUGGAUUAAUUUUUAG